AUGCUACCACAUCUCUGGGUUCUGGCAUGGUCCUCCCUCCAAUCCUUCUGUCGUGGUUAUGAGCUCUCCAAUGCCAUAGACCCAACACCGCUUAUGUUUGACAGCAAUCCAGCUCAAAUGGGUAUACCCCUCUUUGCGUUGAAACCCCUCAAACGUCCGACUUCCCAGGUAAAAGAGGUUCAACACGCGAGGAAUGUUGGUGAUCCGUACGGUAGCAAUAUUAUUGAGGUAUCUGCCGAGGCCGCAAAUCUGUAUAAAUAUAUUCUCCGGUUCGAGGCUCCCAGUAUUAGCCAGAGCUGGACCGUGGCGAUAUGGAAUAACUUUGCCCCCGACGGACGUCUAGGAGGUUGGCGUGGCAACGCCUGCAGAACAUUCACCCUGGAACGUGGCCAGUUUCGAUAUAUAGCUUUUGAUGACGACUCUCAAGGCAGAUGGGCUGCUGCUCCAGGUCUGUCCGUGUCAGUUGAUGGGGAUGGCAGGUAUACUGCGACAUGGGGAGAGUUCAACUUUGGGUCAAAGAUCAAUUUCGGCCGAUCAGCCUUUGUUGUUUCCACGAUAGCCACAGAGAUGAUGGGCUUGGAAGUUCAAGAUAUGAGAAUAUGUGGCGCUCACUCAGACACUUGCUCCUCUGUUUCCGCAAGAGGCGCUGCUGUCCAUAAUGCCUACACUUCCACGACGGUUAGCAAUGGUACAAGAGGGGGCACGAUUCUGCCCGGUCCAGUCAGACUUGCGGCUAUUAUUGGCUCUGCUGGAUUUCCAUUGCCAGAAAACCGCAGUUAG